UAAAAAAUAAAUUUAGCAUUUUCCUUAAACUUUUUGGCCGUUUGGACCAUUAUCCAUCCUUAUGCGGAUUGGACAGAAGUUGUGUCCGUGCAUUACGCAGUUGACAGUUGGGAGUCGUCGUUCUGAGCAUAGCUCGUGCGUUCGCAAACAGGAAGGAAAGAGUGAGAAAGAAAAUGGGGGAAUCUGAGAAACGGAGCGACCUGGAAGAAACCCUGAAGCCAUUCUACCAACGUGCUUCUGAAGCCGAGGAACGCUUAUCCAGACUUGAAGCUGCCCUUGCAACCAAGAAAGAUUCUGAACAUGAAGACCAUUUAAAGUUGAUUAGUGAACUUCAGUCACGGCUAGAAGAGGCAGGUGCAGAGCUGGUUGCAGAACGAACGAAGGCACAGAAGCUUGCUGUGGAAAAUGCAAAACUUGAGUAUCGUAUAAUUCAUCUUGUCAGGGCAGCAAAGGGGGCGGAUCUCAAGUUGGAGCAAAUAGAGAAGUACUUUUCUUUUGUUAGGCGUUGAUGGGGGAAGCGACUGGAUGCCUUGAAAUCCAAGGAUCCUGGCACUUGAGCUGAGAAAAGCAAUUUGUGGUACUUCUCUUACUCUAGGUCAAUAACUCUAGGAAACCCAAAUACAUAAUUUUUUUUUGAUCGGUAAAAGAAACAUAACACCGAACCCAAAUACAUAAUUUAGAAUGCCAAUGCCGAUUGUCCCUGUCAUAUUUUUGUUAAGCUGUCUGUCAUGCAUGUUCACAUGGGGAUUGCCUUUUUAUAGAACAUGGUCCUUGUGAUCAAACACUUGCAUAGAUUUGUUGAUCUAAAGGAUGGUCCUUGAUCUCAAUCCAAAUCGAAGCAUUCUAGCAUUUCUUUCAA